UGUACAUAAAAUUACCUUAACUUUAUGUGUGAUUAACAAAUAUAGCCCAUAAUCAGUAAUGUGAAUAAAGUGCUUCAAUGUUAAAUAUAACUAGAAAUAUCAUAGUAAACACCGAGUGCCAAAUGGAACGCAAUUUGGUAAUGACAUUGGGACCUCCCACUCACCAAAAACUUUUAUCGAAAUUUCUCGGGUCCGUUUUACCUGAACUUGGAUAUUUUCUUACCUGACAUUGAAUUUUUCGUCAAAUAUAAAGGAACUUCAAGCUAAAACUCAAAAAUUGAGUUGAAACUUGACCUUUUGAUAGAAAUUCUAUUAGUGCAGAGUGCGUUUGUUCUUCAAUGUGAUAACAAGUAUUAACUGAUAAGUGAUAAAUGAUAAGUGCCAGCUGAUACAAUAUACUUUAUCAAAGUUGCUAGUGCAUAUAAUAGACACACAGCAACACAAUGUUGCAAGUUCAGCCAGUUGUAAUAUUUUAUUAGUCUGCGACGCGUUUUGACAGCUUUUUCGAAAGUUAAUUACAUACAUUUAAUAAUAUUUUUCGAAACAGUUCAAGUUCAAUGUGUUACUUUGUAACAAUUUGAACAAAAGUGAAUUAAAUACUUAAUGCGUGGUGUGGAUAACAAUUAGAGCUGAUAUCAGCAGACUCAACACAUGUUGUAAAAUUUAAUCUCUUUAAUAUGAACAAGUCAUCAACACGAGGACCACAUGGAAAAUUUCAACUUGGCGGUUUUGAAUUUAUUCGAUAUUUAGUGUAAACGCAGUGAAGUGUAGUUUGUGUGAAGUUUAAUUGCGGAAGCAUUGAGCUGGAUGCAAUAACAUUGGUGACUCAUCUACACUAUUCUAAAUUGAUGUUGUAAUAGUGUAUCAACAUAAAAAUAGACUGUAAUAUCUUGCGAGUUACUUAAUAAUAAAGUGAGCAAGCGAAACGUGCACAAUGGGACGAAUUAAAGUCAAUGUUGAUUUGCUGCCCAUCAAAAGUCAUUAUUUUUUCUUUAUGGCUGCAAUGGGUCCGAUUUUACCCCAAAUGUCAGUCUACGGAAAAGAAAUGGGCAUCAGUUCCGUAGUAAUGGGUACAGUCACCGGUAUACUCCCCAUAUUAUUUCUCAUAGCCAAACCAAUAUUUGGUAUCAUCGUCGACGUGUAUCGCAAGCAUCGAAAAACAAUUUUUCUUUGUCUCAUCGCCACAAUGGCGGUUUCCUUCGCCAGCAUCUACGUACUACCACCCCGCGCAUUGGAAACCUACACAAUCACCAAGGAGUGUCAACAGAUGGACACAUGUAAUGUCACAGAACUACAUGUAACAAAUGCAAACGAAUGUAAUAAUUCCACCAUUGAAAUGAUCUGCACAUGCGCAAUAGAUCCAGUCAACCAUAUUGAACUUCCGUUAACUCGUCACAUCGCAGAUAACUUGAUUUUGAAUCAAACCGAAAAUAAAUAUUGCACUUCUGCUAAUUUAACUGCAGUCUGUGGUGGUUAUUCAAAAGAAUGUCAAUGGAAAUGUGUUGAAAAUACGGAAAGCAACAGUAGUUGCUUGUAUAAAACAUGGCAGUUUUGGUACUUUAUUAUUUUGAUGUCCAUUGGAAUGAUUGGCUUCAAUGUGACGAAUUCAAUAAGCGAUGCGAUUUGUUUUGAUGUGAUUGGUGAUGAAUAUGACUACGGAAAACAACGCGUUUGGGGAACUAUUGGUUUUGGCACAACAGCAUUCAUUUCCGGAUAUUUCGUCAACUGGGCAUCGAAUGGUACAACAACGUAUGGACCUGCGUUUUUGAUUAUGUUGUUAUUUACUGGUCUGGAUUUAUUUGCGUGUUCAAAACUAAAGUUGCCUGUGAUGGAAACCCCUGAAAAUAUCUUCAAAGACCUCUGCAAUCUACUCCAAAACAGACAUACUGUAGUCUUCGUGACAUUUUCUGUAUUUGCUGGAGUUUUAGACGGUUUUAUAGUAUAUUUCCUCUUUUGGUACUUGGAAGAUUUGGCGGUUACAAGCAACACCUCACAAAUAAAACUAAUCGAAGGACUUAUUGUUGCUGCUGAGACUUUAGGAGGAGAAGUUAUUUUCUUCUCGAUCUCCGGGAAGAUUCUAGAACGUUUUGGACACGGGCAUUGUUUCAGUAUGUGUUUUAUUAAUUAUGCUCUAAGACUGGGACUGAUUUCUGUGGUGCCAUCACCAUGGUGGGCUAUUCCUGUGGAGUUUCUUCUUCAGGGACCUACAUACGCAUUGACUUACACUACUAUCGUUGCGUAUGCUAAUGCAAUAGCUCCUCCUGGAGCAUCAGCCACUAUGCAAGGCAUUGCUGCAGGAAUGGACGACGGUUUUGGUUAUGCUAUUGGUAGCCUUCUGGGAGGUUUCCUCUAUCAGACUGUGGGUGGUCAGCAAGCAUUUCAAGUAUUUUGCGUUCUUGGACUUGUCUGCAGUGUGACACAUCUAUUUUUAUACAAAUAUUUCCUCCAGCAUCACAUAUCUCCGGAUAGACAACAAAAUGGCGAAUAUAAAUCACCUGGAGAAGCAGCGCUUGCGCUUGAUGACACAUCAACAGCUAGUAUACACUGUAUAUGAACUUUGACAAAGACAUAAAUUAUACUUUAGUUUUUAUUUCCACAA